GAGGUAUCUCUCUGCUGCACCUCUUAAUGUUUUGUUUUUAGGGCAGCAUUUGGUCGUACAUAAUAAGGUAAUCCAAGAAUACAGAGAAAGAGGGGGAGAUAGUCUGAGAGAGAGAGAGAGAGAGAGAGAGAGAGGUUAAGGGAGGAGAGAGAAUAAAACAGUCCUGACUUCAGUGCUCAGCCAAAACUUCACUGGAGUCCCUACUUUGCUCAGCAGGCAAAGGCAGGCAGAGGCAGGCAUCUGAAGAAAGAUUGCUUUUCGGCACACACUUCCAGCACACACUUCCAGUGAAAAGAGAGAGAGGAUAAAAAUGCUCACGACCUGAAGAAAACAAACAUUGGCUGAAGACGAAGGUGUAAACGUGAGCCCGAGUCAGACGUCUGGAGAAACUUUUGCAGGAGGAUUUUUGCGCUGGACUUCUACACACACUUCCAGCCUCCGUACACGUGUCUCACUUCCUACCAUGGAGCUCUGCUUUUCCUCAGGAGACAUUUUUGCUCAUUUUCAGACACUGAUCUCAUCUAUUGAUCUGGAUUGUGAUCAAGACUCAUAAAGACAUUUAACCGCUGGGGAUUUACGUAAACACAGUCCACACACACUUCUAGGUUAACCGAUACAGAACACUCAUGCAUAUGCAUGGCAGAGCGUGCGGCUUUUCAGCAGAGACAGGAAGUCCGCCACAUGCAGAGAAGACUAUCCAGACUCACGCACACACACACCACAUACACACACGUGGCUGUAAUCUUCUUUCAGCAUGUUGGACUCCGAGUCUGCCUGAGCUAUCAGUGUGUUGAUUUUGGACCAUCAGGAGGCAGAGGGCUGAGUUUGCAGCGUGCAUGCACAUAAAUGUUGAAAAUUAAGUUUUGCUUACUGUGGAAUCGCAGAUUGCUGACAUUUAUCAGACAGUGUGUGUGUGCUGAAUGAUUUAUUGUAAAGUGUGUUCAGCUGUAAUUCACAUCUCAGAGAUAUUGAAGACUUUGUACUCGGCGAAUCAUUUGCAUGGAGGAUGGUAGAUAUAUUUUAGCUCGGCUUUGUGGAAUUGCAGUUGUGAAAUGGAUUUGAUGCUAGUUGCAGUUUUUACUGUUUAAUAGCUAUUUUUUGUAUACUAUCGAAAGCUAACGUCAGGCGCGUCCAUUACUUUCUUGUUUAUUCCCUUGAAGACUGCAGGGAGUUUCGAUUAUAUAUUACCAGAACAAUGUAGUGAAGUUGUAUUCUUUGUGUGUGUGAUGUGUGUUGGAAUUUGAGUCUUUUUGCCCCCCUGCGUGUCCACAGACCCUCCUGGGGCUUCAUUAGCAUGGCCGGUUAAUGAUUCUUAAACCUUGGCUGACCUUGCGGAUUCUUCCGGACACCUUACAUUAAAAAAAAAACCUCCUUUCGCUCCUCUCUGCCAGGCCAAGUGGAUUGGAAGUCUGACUUUCCCCUGCACCAAGAACGUGGGAGUAUAGGGUGUCGAAAGAGCCCACCUUCUCGCACACACUGACAUUUAGUCAUCAGUGCUUUCACCUCCAGUCUCCGGACUUGUGCUUGAGGAUUUUUUUCUCAGCUCUGUGGGCAUUUUGGGAGAGCUAUUUAUUUUUUUCCUGAACGCAGAAAAAUUAAAAAGUGAAAAGAAAAGAAGCAUGGACUCGGAUUCAGAUUCUCCUUUUAACUACUCCUGGCCUUCUUUUCCUAAAAUGAGGAUUCUGAAACGGAAGACGAAACCAGAGAAGUCUUGCUCUCCUCCAAGUUCCAGCUCUCCAUUCCAGCUUCAGUCUACAGACAUCACUACUGCCAGAAUCACAGCCAUGCUCAACCGCACCGGAAAGAAUGAUGACCAGCACAGGAAGUACAACACUGCCGCAGUGACAAAUGACAGCUCUGCCCCUGACACACCACCUGCCGUCAAAGUCGAAGGGAUGAAAGAGCAACGCCCGUUCGCUCGUCCUUUCUCUCCAUCCCUCACUCAUUUCUCCCCCACUUCUUCAGCAGGACUAGUCUUGGACCGGUUUCUUCGUAGCAGCUGCCACAAUGAACACGACAACCACAGUGCAGGUUCACCUCCAGAAUCAUAUGAAAUUAGCCCAAAUCUGGUGGCCUUGGAAAUGGACAGUGAAGAGGAGGAUGAUGACUUACUUAUGAAGAAGCCCCUCCCUCAGAUAUCAGCUGAAAAUAAGGACACCGGAGAUAAACAGGACAGCUUUAAUAUAUCCUCAGACCUCAGCUGCACUCGCUCUCACUCCGCUUCCUCUGACUCGAACCAUGCCUCCCAAAAGGACUCUGCAGAUCAGGGAGUACGUCUCCGUUCAUAUUCUUAUUCAUCACCCAAAAUCAGCCUGCUGCCCCCACGUUCCAGCCGAGACACUCCCCGUCCUCCUGCUGACCUCAGCCACGAUGGCGUCCUCACCAGCAACAGCAGUGGCAGCAGAUCUCUCCUACAGGCUCUGUCUCUGUCUAAAUCUCUGUCUCUGCUCAAUCCUGUUAAACAGCGUGCACUCAGCUUAACCGAGCAGCCACAAGAGAAAAGGGAGUUAAGGUUCCGUAGACGCACUCAGUCAGCUGAUGACGAGUCCAGCGUCGAGCUGGCUGAUUCGCUCCAACACCUCACGCUCUCCGAAUUCCUCAAAGAAAUCGAAGAAGAAGGAUGGGAUAAAUACAUUAUUCCUUCCAAGACUGAGCCUGAGAAAUACAAAGUCAGCCGCACCUUCAGUUUUAUUAAAAGCCGAAUGUACAGUACACGCAGCAAGAAGGGAAAAGCGAAGGAGAAGGAAGUGAAAGAAAAACAGGGCAACGGACACCAAUUUGCAGCAGGUCCUGUUCUGGGGACUUCAGUUUGUGAGGUGUGUGACAAACCUGUUACUGGGAAGGAAACUCUGCACUGCGCCAAUUGUGCGGUGAGCAUCCAUAAGGGUUGUAAAGAUUCUGCAGCACAGUGCCUCAAGAAAGUGCAGGACAAAUACGCAGUUUCUAUGAUGAAGGCCAGAGCAGCCACCCUCCCUCAAAACUUUGUAUUGCGCGAAAGCAUCCCGUCUUCUCAGAUAUCCACUUCAGCCUCCCUCCCUGUGAUGACUCCACGGGACAGGAGAGACACUUCCACUCUGCCGUGUCCUCUAUCCAGGAGUGUCCCCCUAGUCCCAGAGUGGCUUGCAGAGAGCCCAGAGGGAGACAAUGACUCCUCCUCCUGGAGAUCUCAUGGCCAGUCAGAGGAGCUCCUACAGACCAUGGAGUCUUCCACUUCCACUGACUCCUCCCUCGUUGAAGACACAGUGGACGCUCCUCUACAGAACAGUUUUGGGAUGGACGCUCUGUAUUUGGAGGCAGAGUCGUGGAGUCUAGCGGUGGAGCCUCAGUUCUGCCAGAAGCAGGAAAAACGCACAAUCAAGAGACAGGAUGUCAUCUACGAGCUAAUGCAUACGGAGCUACACCACCUGCAAACGCUGACCAUCAUGGCGGAGGUGUUUAGGCGAGGUAUGCGGGAGGAGGUGGGCUUGGAUGCGGAGGCUAUUGGUCGGAUAUUCCCGUGCUUGGACGAGCUCCUCGUCCUGCACCGAGACUUCCUUUCUGCCAUGACGGAGCGCCGGAAUAACUCCACGCAGCCUGACAAUGAUAAGAACUACCUCAUUCACCAUGUGGGUGAUAUCCUCCUGCAACAGUUCUCUCAGGAGAAUGCUGAGAACAUGAAGCGGGUCUAUGGGGAGUUCUGCAGCCGCCACAACGAAGCCGUCAGCUUCUUCAAGGAGCUUCAGCAGCAGAACAAACGAUUUCAACUCUUUAUUAAACAACAGAGCAGCAACUCGCUGGUAAAGAGGCGAGAGAUCCCAGAAUGCAUUUUGUUAGUGACGCAGCGAAUUACAAAGUAUCCAGUGCUUUUAGAGAGGCUUCUGCAAUACACAGAAGAGGGUACGCAGGAGCAUGCUGAUAUCUCUGGUGCUCUGUCUCUGGUGAGAGAGUUGAUUUCAGCAGUGGAUAUGCGAGUGAGCGAGCGGGAGCAGAGUCAAUGGCUGAGCGAUGUGCUCGGCCGCAUGGAAAGCAAGAGCUUAGCCAGACUGAAGAGCGGCGCUGCCUUUCGUAAGCAUGACAUGACCAAUGGCCGAACGCUGCUUCACCAUGGCCCGUUGCUUUGGAAGACCGCCACCGGUAGACUCAAAGAUGUGCUGGCCCUCCUGCUGACUGAUCUGCUGGUAUUCCUCCAGGAGAAGGACCAAAAAUACAUCUUUGCUGCUGUUGACCAGAAAUGUCCAGUGAUCUCCCUGCAAAAGUUGAUAGUGAGGGAGGUGGCUAAUGAGGAGAGAGGCAUGUUCUUAAUCAGUGCCUCCUCCAGCGGCCCCGAGAUGUAUGAGGUGCACGCAGCAUCCAAAGACGAGCGCAACGCCUGGAUGAGGCUUAUCCGAGAAGCAGUGGUGAUUUGCCAUGAGAAGGAGGAGGACACUGCAAGUGAGUCAGAAGAAGAACGGCGAGCAGCAGAAGCCAAGAGCCAGAAAAUUCAGAAGCUACAAGAGUCUCUCUGCGGUCAUGACCAGCUGAUCUGCUCCAGCCUGGAGGAGAAGCUCCACAUGUAUGCUGAGCUUGCAGCCAUGGUGGGCCACAGAGACAUCAGCCCAGAACCAAAGCUGCUGGUGCACCCUAACACAGAAGAGCUCCCUAAUGCUGCUGUUCUGCUCAACGCUGCACUUAAAGAGGCGGAGAGUCUAAAAGAAGCACUGUCGUUUCACUGCAACUCCUCCUCCUGUUCAGAUCUUCUGCUUGCAUCUGAGGAACAGAACACUUCCGACUCCACCACUCAUCUCGAGGCACCUCCUCCUGCUCCAUCUCCUCCUCCGAUGCCUGCUGAAGAAGAGCCCCAAGCAGUGGAUGCUGUAAGGAGUGAGGAGGAGGAGUUGAGUGGAGAAGACAGCCUCGAGCUCCAGCUUCGCAAUCAGAGCAGUGCAACUGACAAUCAUAAUAUUCACCGUAAGGUGUGUCAGAGCGUCCAGAGUUUGACUCAGUUGCUUUACAGUUUGCAGGCCAUGGUCACCAUCCAGGACAGCCGCUAUGAAGUGCGUCGUCUCCUUCUCCUCCUCCUCUCAAAUUCCUCCCACCAACGGAUCUCCCAGGGUUCCCUGCAGGAGCAGGAGCGCCAGCGGGAGGCAGAGCGUCGGCGGCAGGAGCUGGCACGGGCGGCCCGGGAACGCCAGCGAUGGGCACGCGAGUGCCAGGCACAGCAGCUGCGUUAUGAAGAGAGGGAAAGCGAGCUGGCACAGCGGGAGCAACAGUGCCAUGAGGAGGCCCAGAGGCUGCAGCGCCAACGCGAGGAGCUGGAAGAGCAGCAGCAGGAGUACCAGCAGAGCCUGGAGAGACUGCGGGAGGGCCAGCGGAGUGUGGAGAGAGAGAGGGAGAAGCUGGAGAUGCAGCAGAAGAUGAUGGAGAGAUGGAGGCAUGAACGCCAAUCCAGCCUGCCUGUUACAAGCAUCAAGGUGGAAGGUCAUCAAGGGUCAGGAGAUGAAACAAAAAACUUCCAUCAUGGUCAUCACGGUGGCUUGGAUGAGGAUGGGUCCAUUUUUGUAAAUGAAGCAGCUUUUCUGGCUCCGUCCAUGAACAAUCGGCAUCUUAAUCACUACCAGCAUCAGUAUCAGCAUAACGCUCGCAUACAUCCAGGCUUCGUGAAUUCCCCCAGUGCCCAGAACAGUCUGAAUUCUCUGCUGGCUUUGUCCAAUCAUACACACCCCACAAUCAGCAUGCAAGAUGAGCUAUGGACUGAAGAUGUUGGUCCAGCAAUCCAUACUACCAGGACAGCAGGGGCGGUGGGGCCAGGGAUUUAUCAAGGUGAUGCCCUCUUGGUGCCGCAGGCUUUUGUUUCCAUGGAAACGGAGAACCAAGAUCCCGAUGGAGAGGAGAAAAUCGUGUAUCUCUAAGUUCAAGUCUCUUUCCUUCCAGAGCUCACACAGAUGUAAACUUAAACAGAAUUGAAACCCUGGAAGAGCAGCCGCGAAGCAGUACUUCAUUUUGGUUGGGAAAUUGCACUGAUGCCGUAGACACAAAUAAUCAAUAGAGGGUGAAAGUUUUACAUCAAAAUGAUUUUGAUUCGUAUUUUGUUGCCGUCUUUCAGAUAACAUUGUUUUACAAUUGCACUUUUUCCAUACUCAUUUGGAAGUAUUCGCACUUAGAUCCAGAUCAAGGCAGUUGGGACUCUCUAAUAUAUAAUCAUAAAAAAAUGGUAACACUGUUUCUCACUUGCUUUAUUUUUCUAUUCUAAAGCAGCAUUAACAAAACUCCAUUCACAAUUAAUUAUGUUUAGCAACAUAUGAAUUCACUGAAUAUUUCACCGAAAUCUUCUCAUAUUGCCAUUUUCAUUACUGUUUCACUGUCCCAUGAUCCAUAGGCGGCUCCAGGCCUGUAGAGGAACAAUGCGUAGUCCUGGCAGUGAUGGAGUCUAUACACACACACACACACACACACACAUUUUAUUUCACUCAAAACAUUCUCCAUUUAUCUUGACAGUAGGUGAAGGUGCCACAUCAGCACAUCUUUCAAGCAGAAAAAUUGAGACAUGAGAUUAUAAAUGUUAGAUGGGAGGAAGAGGGCGGGGCUUCCAGGGUGUCAAUUAAUAAUAUUGGAGAGUGAAAAACUGUCAAAUCAUUCCAGAUUCACAUGUCGGCCUGACACUCUCAAUCCUCGUCCCUUUCUGAUUUGUUUCCCAGUACUUAUUAAAUAAGACAUAGCAUUUACUGAAUAACUUGCUUUAAAGUGAAUGACUGAAUAACAAUCUGGUGUUUUAAAGGGUUAAAUUCUCAUAAUUCCCAGAUUUUUGUAGCAAUUUCUGAGGUAUGUGUGUGCGAGUGUGUGUGCGAGUGUGUGUGCGAGUGUGUGUGCGAGUGUGUGUGCGAGUGUGUGUGCGAGUGUGUGUGCGAGUGUGUGUGCAUGUGUGAGAGAGAGAGAUUUAAAGGUCUUCCCUAGGGUCAGUAUUGUGUCUUACUGCCUAAAGCCUACAGAGACAGAAUUAGGUUACUCAAUUUCAACUUGCUUAUCACACACACACACACACACACACACACACACACUCUGACACACACACACACACACACACACCACAUUCUGCACUAGCUGAGGCUUACUUACCAUACCUAUCUAUUUCAAAACUAGACACUUCAUUAACAUAAAAUUUUUUGCAGUGGAUAUGAAGUGAAGUAUUUGUCCUGCUUUAUUAAAGCACUCCAGUCCUGUUUCUCAGAAACCAGUGUCACUCAUCUAAAUGAGAGAGAAUGAUUAUUUAUAUGAAUGUUCUGAUUGGGUGUAUUUACAUUUAACUUAGUCAUGCUUCGUGAUUGAUACCAGAUUUUAUAGUGUAAUGUCAAACUCAGCACCCCUAUAUCUCAUAUCCUGUAUUCCUGUAGCCAAUCAUUUACAUCCAGGUUUGGUGGAGCAAUUCUUUGGGUAAUCCUCAGAGCUCAAGUACUGUGAGUUGCAGGAAGAUGCAGGUUUAUGGGUAAUUGGGAGUCAGAAAUUAAUUCAUUAAUUUAUGCAUUAAUUCAACAUUAAUUCAUAACAUAACAAUAGCAAAUGCAGUACUGUGGUACAUGGUGGCAUGACAAGUCAUAGCACUCCAUAGUUGAGUUUUUCCCUGCAGUUUAAUUUGCCUGAAGCCGUCAAGCAUUGAUUCCUUAGAAUACCCAUACACCAUGCUUUGGGUUUUUUUUUUUUUUUUUUUUUUUUUUUUUUUUUAAGAGCUGACUCUACAUUUGGACCACACAAACUCCCUAACUGUGCAGUGCUCUUUACUCCAUAAGAAAUACUCACUUAGAGCUUAUGGGAUUUCUACAUGCCAUUGGCCAGUAAAGGCUAAUGCCUUUAACUUUCAACAAUUUUACAAACUCAAGUAAGUUUUUUGGCCUCCAUGAAAAUUCAAAGUAAAGAAACAUGAAAUCUUUGAAUUUUGAAUAUUUGACCUUUCGUCAGUGACAGAGUGCAUCAUGAAAGUCCAUGAAGUGUUUUACUGAAUUUCAGUAAAAUGUGUAAUAACACGGAUUCUGUAAAUUGUCCUUACAAAUCCCAAUUAACUUUUUUUGAUUCCAUUAUUUUUUCUCUUUAUUUGUAACUUUUAUUUAUUGUUAUUUUAUGCAUACUGUGUAGUAUGAACUCAAUAUGAUGUACAUAUGGACUGUUUUAUACAAUUGUAUGUACAAAUUACACUUUGUAAUUUAUCACACCUUAUCAUAUACAUUAUCAUAGUCUGUUUUAGAAAUAGUGACAUGUCUCAAAAAUCUUCGAAUAAAGAUGAUUAUGGCUGGG